CGGGGUGGAGGCGUUGGCGCUGCCACGUCUUGGCGGCGGUGGCGGCGACGACGACUGUGGUGCAGGAGGUGGAGGUGGGGCUGGCCCUGGGGCAGGAUCCGGAUCCUGUGCUGUAUACCCGGAGGGGUGAGAGUCCGCCGGGCCAGGAGGGGAGCGCCGACUGCGGGGCCUCUACGGACCUUCCUGAAAAGAUGAAACCUGAUGAAACUCCUAUGUUUGACCCAAGUCUACUCAAAGAAGUGGACUGGAGCCAGAAUACAGCUACAUUUUCUCCAGCCAUUUCUCCAACACAUCCUGGAGAAGGUUUGGUUUUGAGGCCUCUUUGUACUGCUGACUUAAAUAGAGGUUUUUUUAAGGUACUAGGUCAGCUGACAGAGACUGGAGUUGUCAACCCUGAACAAUUUAUGAAAUCUUUUGAGCACAUGAAGAAAUCUGGGGAUUAUUAUGUUACAGUUGUGGAAGAUGUAACUUUAGGACAGAUUGUUGCUACAGCAACUCUGAUAAUAGAACAUAAAUUCAUCCAUUCCUGUGCUAAGAGAGGAAGAGUAGAAGAUGUUGUUGUUAGUGAUGAAUGCCGAGGAAAGCAGCUUGGCAAAUUGUUAUUAUCAACCCUUACUUUGCUAAGCAAGAAACUGAACUGUUAUAAGAUUACCCUUGAAUGUCUACCACAAAAUGUUGGUUUCUAUAAAAAGUUUGGAUAUACAGUAUCUGAAGAAAACUACAUGUGUCGGAGGUUUUUAAAGUAAAAAUCUUUUAAGACAUUUGUCAAAGGAGCUAUUGAAGAAGACUAUAUAUACUCUUCCUAGAGUUAAAAUAUUUUGCUGCAACCCAGUGACCUCUAUAAAAUACUGGAUUGAAAAAACAUUGUAAUACAACAAAUAUUAAUGACAUUAGAUUACUUUGGGCUAGUGGGACAUGCUGAGAGUUUGGAUUACAAAUGAAUAUUAUAAAGAGGAUGAUUUUUAACCAAAGGACUAUAUUUUUAACUUGAAUCUUUUCUUGCAUUGUAUUUUUCUAAAGUUGAGCUUCAUUUCUUGGUAGUCCAAGUAUAGGUAGUAAGGAGCUAUGUAUUUGCUGUCUGUACUGCUCAUUUUUUAAAAAGCAUACAACAAAUAAGGCUGGUUCUUACCACAUUCAUAAAAUUAUAUUUGUUUCAAAGCAACAUCUAAAUACCAAUUAGGAGUGUCAUUUACCAUGUAUUAGUGAAACUGGAUAAGUUAUAUAUAACUAAAUGUAGUCCAGUCCAACAUUUGUUGAUCCUAAUACUGUAUUGGCAAAUAACCUGGUCAGCCUUUUAAAGUAGAAAUAAAAAUUAACUUGUAAAAUGUGAUGCAAUUCAAAGUAAAACAAUUUAAAUGUACGUACAUCUAAAAGUUAUAUAAUUCUAAUAUAAAGUACCACCUGUCUUAUGUGAAAUAUAAUACUCAUUUGUUUAAAAUACCUAAGAGCAAAUACAAGGUACUUUUUAACAAUGAUUUCUGAUUUUUUUUCAUGGGUGUCUGAAGCCUCUAUUCUGAGGAACAUUUUUAUGAAAAAGAUUACAAAAUUGAGUUGAAUAUUUAAAAACGUAUCAUACUGUAUUUGUUACAUUCUUUAAAGGUUGAUAGAAGCCUUUCUAUUUAAUGUGAUUAUAAUGGUAUUCUGGUUACUACCCUGUUUUGACUUUAUUUAUUUUAAUUAUUUUUUUAAGUUGAAGUAGAAAUUAGAUACUUUAUUAAUGGUUCUAAUCUUUUGCAUUCCAUGUGACAUUAAACCUGUCCUAUGAUGAAUA